UUUGUCAUUGUAGGUACAAACGUAACGGAGUAUUUGUGAUGACCAUACAGGAGAUUUAUAGGGGAAAACUCGCUCUAUUUUUCUGUUGGUAAAACAUUGAAUAUCAUGGGUUCCCAGAGUAGUAAAGCCAAUGCUCAGUACCAGUCUUCAACUCCUGGAGCAGCAACGACUAUCAGUUAUGAGGUCAUUUUAAGUCCAAGAAUGGAUAAUGCUAGAGUUCCUCGUUUAACACCGAAAAAACUUGGAUUAUUAACUAGACAAGAUAUUGAUGACAAAAUUACAGCUGCAGAGAAUAGACGCAAAACCAGAGAGUUAAAUAUUCGCUUGAAGAUGGCGAGCAAUGUGCAACACGCUGACAUGGUUUGUCAAGCAAUGAAAGAAUACGAAGAAAGAAAGAGACGAGAAACAGAAGAAAGAUACCAACGGCGUUUGUUUAUAUUUGCUGAAAAUCAAGAAGUGAUUGCUAAUCAACGGGCAAACAAAUGGCAGGAAAAGAGAAAGAAGAUUGAAAUGGUUCAAGAAAGUGUAGAAAGACGCGAUAGGAACUUUAGAAAUUCUGUAAAAGAGAAGCUGAAGCACAAGUUUGAUAAAUUAAAAGAUAAUUGUAAUACCUACAAUGUCAGUCGUCAAGAAGCAAGUUGUAUACAUGACUCGAAGACAAAACAGAUGGAAAACAAAGCUUUAAAAACAGCCGAACAUUUUCAAAAAAAACUUGCAACUAGCCAAGAAAAUCCCAAGGCAAAAAGUACAGCAAGACAGAAGAGAAUUGAAGAAGAGAAACAGUUAUUGAGUGAUAAUAUUAAGGUGUCAAAUAAUAAUAAAGACAAGCAGUUUGAAAGUGGUUUUGUCAGCUCUGGUGGUAGACAACAACUAAACGAAACUGAAGAAAAUCGUAGUACGGCAAGAACAGUUUUAGUAAAAGUUGAACUGACGAAAGAAAUUCACAAAGUGAACGAGCAACAGUCAUUUCAAACUAUGACAGGAUACCCAAGCAGUGAUAUCUAUAAUGGAGAGAAAAUAUUGGAGAAAUGUCAAAAGAAAAAUGAAGAAAAAAUUAUGAAGCAGGAGAUCGACAUGCAAGAGCCAAUGAAAGCGAAAGUAAAUUAUUUCAAGGAAAACUGCGAGCGGCAACUAAGAGAUAACAACACAGCUAAACAUUCAAGUGUUGAAGAUAGCUUAUCCGCUAAAGAUAAAGAAAAUGAUAUUUCAAACGCUUAUCAUGUGGAAAAAGAGGACGAAAAGCACAAAGAAUUAUCUGAAAAUUUUCGAAAUCAUAACUUGGAACACUUAUGCCUUCGUUAAAUGACUGACUGAAGUUAAAUAUGCCAUUUUGGUUAUUUUGUGUAUGAUUAUUAGCAGUAGUGUGAUAUAAUAAGUUUUAUAAAUUUUCUUUUUUGUAUGUUGUCAAAGUCUGUCUAUACUACAAGUUAAUUUUUUUGAUUAAACUUUUAGUCUUUUAUAA